AUGGUACUUAAGUUCGGUCCAGAUAAUCCUCCAAUUGUUAUUGACAACGGAACAGGAUUGUUGAAAGUUGGCUAUUCUGGUGAAAUGGAACCACGAGCAGUCGUUCCCAUGAUCCUCGGUCGACCCAAACAUAUGAAAGUUAUUGCUGACAGAAAUUCUGACGAAUGCUUCGUCGGUGAUAUAGCCGGUGGUAAAAGAGGUGCAUUAACUUUAUCUUAUCCAAUGAUGAAUGGUAUUGUACAAAAUUGGGAUGAUCUAGAAACUAUCUGGCAACAUGUCUUUACCAAUGAACUACGUGUUCUUCCUGAGAAUCAUCCUAUGCUUUUGACUGAAACACCAUUGAAUCCUAAAGUAAAUCGUGAGAAAAUGGCGGAAAUUAUGUUUGAACAAUUUCACGCACCAGCAGUUUAUAUCUCAAUUCAAGCUAUUCUCUCACUUUAUGCUUCAGGUCGUACAACUGGUUUAGUAUUGGACUGUGGAGAAGGCGCUACACACUUGGUUCCUGUAUUUGAUGCGUAUGUUAUUCCGACGGCUAUUCACCGAAGAAAUUUAGCAGGACGUGAAGUAACCAACUAUCUUAAACAUUUACUCACUGAAAGAGGUUACAAACUGAUUACAACAUGUGAACAUGAAAUUGCUCGUGAUGUAAAAGAAAAUCUUUGUUAUGUUGCCAUGGAUUACGGCAAAGAACUACAAUUUAGCCAAGGAGAUAAAAAGAUGUACGAAAUGACGUAUCGUCUACCUGAUGGUCAGCUGUUAAAUAUUGGUAGUGAAAGGUUCCGUGCACCUGAAUUGAUGUUCGAUCCCAAGUUAGCUGGUUACGAAAUGAAUGGAAUUCACACUGCCACAAAUGAAACUAUACUGGCUUGUGGAAUGGAUGUCAGAAAGAGUUUUUGGUCAAAUAUUAUUCUUACUGGUGGAGGUACAAUGUUUCGUGGUUUCCCGGAACGACUACGUAAAGAAUUGCAUCGUCUAGCCCCAAAAGGUGCUACAGUAAAGGUGAUGGCAUCUCCUGAACGAAAAUACUCAGUAUGGAUUGGUGGUGCUGUUUUAGCCUCUUUAAGUACUUUCAAUGAAAUGUGGGUAACGAGAGAAGAAUAUAACGAAUUUGGUUUAGAAAUUGUACAUCAGAAAUGCGUUUAA